AUUCAAUGACUUAACCUUCGAAUACAGUGACAGGCGUUUUUAAGAACUUGUAUAUUCUACAAAGUCGUGUGAUUAAAUAAUAAUUUUAAAAUGGAAUGUUUAAUUGGAAUUCAAUUCAAAGAUUUUGUGCUUGUAGCUGCUGAUAUGACAAAUUCUCAAUCUAUUAUGGUUAUGAAAAGCGAUGAGGAAAAAAUUCAUAAAAUGUCUGAUAAGCUUGUAAUGGCUGUCUCUGGAGAAUCUGGAGAUACAACUCAGUUUUCAGAAUACAUUGGGAAAAAUAUACAACUUUAUAAAAUGAGAAAUGGUUAUGAACUAUCACCGCAAGCAGCAACUGCCUUUACUAGAAGAAACUUAGCGGAUUAUCUCAGGAGUCAAACACCAUAUACUGUUAAUUUAUUAAUGGCCGGAUAUGAUGAUGAUCUUGGUCCUCAAUUGUAUUUUAUAGAUUAUUUAGCUUCUUGCGUGAAAGUACCAUAUGCAGCACAUGGAUAUGGAGGUUUCUUUUCUCUUUCUAUAUUGGAUAGAUAUCAUAAUUAUGAUAUGUCAGAAGAAGAGGGAUAUGAACUAAUGAAGAAAUGUGUUAGAGAAAUUCAUAAAAGACUUAUUGUGAAUUUACCUAAUUUCAAAGUCCAAAAAAUAUCCAAAGAUGGAAUAAAGAACAUGAAACCUAUUACGGCACAAAAUUUGGCUGUCGAAGAUGUUGCUAAAGUGUAAUAAAUUACUUUUCCAUAUUUUCGUAAUACUGUCAUUCUGAUUAUAAAAAUAAGGAUAGUUAAAUAUAAUUCAAUUAUCUAUUAUA